CGGACUUCAAAGACGCCUACGGCGGGUACGCCGAGCACGAGAAUCCCUUCCGAUACUCGAUGGAGGCACUGCGGCUUCUGUGGCAGGGGAAGCGCCGGAUGGCCAUCUGGCCCGUCAGCCACUGUAAUACGUUCGGAAAGCGCGAGCUGUUCGUUAGAGAGCUCAGAAAGCACAUGGACGUCGACAUUAUCGGCAACUGCGGCAACAGACAAGGUUGCCGGGACAAUUGCUGGAAGAACUUCAGCAGCGAGUACUUCUUCUACCUGUCGUUCGAGAACUCCCCGUGCCGUGACUACGUGACCGAGAAGCUGUUCAACCCGCUCGAACACGACCUCGUGCCCGUCGUGUUCGGCACCGCCGACUACGCUUAUGCCGCGCCGCCGGGAUCCUACGUGGACGCGCUGUCUUUCAGCUCUCCCGCAGCCCUUGCGCGCUACCUGGUGGCCACGUCGCGUGACUUUGGCAUGUACGCGCGCCACUUCGCCUGGAAGGGCCGUUUCAAAAUAAUCCACUGGUACGGCUGGGAUUUGUGCCAACUCUGCAGGUCGUUCCGCACCGACGCCUUCAAAAAGCACAGCCACUACGAGGACAUAUUCCACUGGUACUUCACGAUGGCGCGCUGCCGUGCCUGGGACCCGCAAACCUACAAACUGCGGGACUGAGCAUGCACCCGAGGACGAAGGCGGUCCCUUGUU